UUUGACGACUUUGCCCUUCGUCAUUGGUAUUUGGAUAUGUUUUGGUCAAAAACCUAAAAAUAUUCUUAACUAUUAGCACCCUCAAAGCUUAUAAAUGCUAAUUUCACCGAUAGCCUUAUGAAAAAAGUUUCGCUUUCCAUUGGUAGUACAGGAGAGCAGUAUAAGAUGGAGGAUGACAUAGACAUAGAGGAGCAUGAUCUGUUGGACGACCCCGCCUUGAGGAGCGUGUUUCCAGAUCUUGUCAUCCUCAAACGGGAAAUCAUUGAUUUUGAUGUCAGUAAAGGAAAUUCACAACUGGAUUCAUUAACCAAUAAUGAACUGAGGUAUCAUUACAUUUGUGCCGCUCACUUUCCUAAUGCAAGAGAUCGUAGACGACUACAUAGAGACAUACUACUUGGUUCCGCUGUUCCAUACCAUUUCCAAUCCACUGAAACUGAAACAGCAUCAACACCUUCCAUGAGUCAUGUUAAAGAUGUGGAUAUAAAUGCUAGAGCAGUCUCUCCUGACGUGUUGAAAGUGAUACCACCUAAAAAGUUUUAUGAAAACAAAAAUAAACAAAAUCGCUUACAGGAAUCGACUCCUGUAUCAAGUAGUACAGGAGAGCAGUAUAAGAUGGAGGAUGACAUAGACAUAGAGGAGCAUGAUCUGUUGGACGACCCCGCCUUGAGGAGCGUGUUUCCAGAUCUUGUCAUCCUCAAAAGGGAAAUCAUUGAAUUUGAUAUCAGAGAAGAAACCACAACAACGACACAAAUUCCAAUGAGACAGGAAUACCAACUGGAUUGCACUUUGGAGGAGAACAGUGGGAGUCCUCCUCCCGUGUGCCCCGCGCAUGACACAGAUGUCAAACCUGACGUGUUAUCUACGGACAUGGAUGACACAAUAACUGUCAAGGGCAACAGUUUGACAGAAUUUGAUGAAGUUGAAACUGAAAUCAAGAAGGAAUCAGAGAAUGUUGUAGCAAAUGAAUUGCUAUUUUACAGGAACAGAAUUAUACUCGGCAAGAUACAAGUAGAUGAGUCUGACGAAGAACGAGAAGUUGAUGCACCAGGUGACUGUAAUAAUGUUGGAAACAUCAAAACAAACAAUGAUCAAGAUUUGGCAGGCUCAAUAUACACUGAUGUAAAUAGAAGCAUGAGGAUAACUAAACAGUAUUAUGAAAUGGAAAAAUGUUUGGGAGCGAAAAUUAUUCUAACAAACUGUUAUUCAACUCUAUUGAACAACAACUGUUACUGUGCUCAGUGUGCAGUGUUGUUCCCCACCACUGAAGCGUAUAGUGAACAUUACACGAGCACACACACCGAGACCACUCACUCAACUAAUGCCUCGGCUUCUCUUGUGAAAGGAAAACAAAUCAUAUACCCACGUGAGAAAGCAUUUGUGUGUGACUCCUGCACGAAAAUAUUCAGCAGAAAAAGCAGCUUGAUAAAGCACAUUUUAAUUCACACUGGCGAAAAGCCAUUCGAGAGUGACAUUUGCAAGAACACAUCGAGGCAUCGGUCCACAAUGAAAAGACACAAGUUACUUCACACUGGGGAAAAGCCCUUCCAGUGUGACAUUUGCGCGAAAACAUUCAACCUUAUAAGUAGUUUGAAGAGACACAAGUUAGUUCACACUGGCGAAAAGCCAUUCCAGUGUGACAUUUGCACGAAAUCAUUUAACCAAAUAUAUAAUUUGAAGACCCAUAAGUUAACUCACACUGGCGAAAAGCCGUUCGAGUGUGACAUUUGCAUGAAAAAAUUUAAACGAAGAAGUCAUUUGAAGAGCCACAGCUUACGACACACUGAAGAAAAACCAUUCCAUUGUGAAACUUGCAAGAAAACAUUCAAAUAUGUAUUGUCUUUAAAACUACACAAAUUAACUCACACUGGCGAAAAGCCUUUUAAGUGUGAAAAUUGCACGAAAACAUUUAACGAUAAAAGUAAAUUAAAGAGACACGAGUUACUUCAAACUGGGGAAAAGCCCUUCCAGUGUGACAUUUGUACGAAAACAUUUAGACGAAAAAGUCUUUUGAAGCGCCACAAGUUAAUUCACACUGGAGAAAAACCAUUUCAGUGUGAAACUUGCAAGAAAACAUUCAGAUAUGUAUUGGCUUUAAAACUACACAAGUUAACUCACACAGGUGAAAAGCCAUUCCAGUGUGACAUUUGCUCUAAAACAUUUUACCGGAGGCAUAGUCUUAAGACGCACAUGUUAAAUCACACUGAAGCUAAACCAUUCCAAUGUGAAACUUGCAAGAAAAACUUUAAAUAUGUAUCGGAUUUAAAACGACACAAGUUAAUUCACACUGGCGAAAAGCCAUUCCAGUGUGACAUUUGCACGAAAUCAUUUAACCAUAGAAGUAAUCAUACGAGGCACAUGUUACUUCACACUGCAGCACAGCCAUAUGAUUCUGAUGAGUCGGAAAAAGUGGGAGAUUCGGGAAACAUGAGGAAACAUAGUACAGUUCUCCCAUAUUAAUAAUGCGCAUGCAAAUCUUCGCAAACUGUCGUAUUCCCGGAAACACCCGAAUCAGUGCCUUAAACAAAGCACUUGCAUUUUAAUCCUUGUUCGAAAGAA